UGAUUCUUAAUUUUAUUCCAUAUACUUAUAGGUAAAUAUAUACAUAUACCCUUCACUACUACUAUCAUUAUCUUUUAUCUUCAAUGGAGCACCAACGAGAACAAGAACUACUACCACCUCUAGUAGUCAUGGUUUCUAGUCCAGGAAUGGGACAUCUCAUUCCGAUGAUUGAAUUCGCCAAACGACUCACUAACCGCCACAACCUCCCCGUCACUUUCAUCAUCCCCUCCGACGCUCCACCCUCCAAGGCUCAAACCACCCUACUCUCCUCCCUUCCACCUGCCAUUUCCCACAUCUUUCUCCCACCAGUCACCCUCUCCGACCUCCCACCUAACACUAAACUUGACCCACUCAUGACACUCACCAUCCUCCGCUCUCUCCCUUCUCUCCAUCAAACCCUACUCUCUCUCAUGACCUCCCAUCGUCUAUCUGCCUUAGUCGUUGAUCUCUUUGGUACCGACGUCUUUGACUUAGCUGCCGAACUCGAUAUCCCUUCAUAUAUCUUCUUCCCUACCGCAGCUAAUAACUUGUCUUUUGGACUUUAUCUUCCCCAACUCGACCAAAAUAUUCGGUCUGAGUUUAGAGAUAUCUCUGAACCGCUAAACAUUCCUGGAUGUUUUGCGGUUCAGAUAAAAGACUUUCCAGACUCGGCUCAGGAUCGAACUGGCGAAGCCUACAAAUGUCUUCUCCACCAGAUGAAAAGAUACAGGAUGACUCAUGGAAUAAUAGAGAAUAGCUUCUUUGAGCUUGAACCGGAGGCUUUCAUGUUUUUACAAAAGAGUGAACCGGUGGUUUAUUCGGUUGGACCGUUGGUGAAUCAAGACACUAUUAAUAAUGAGUCUGAAUUUGAAGUUGGUUUUAAAUGGUUGGAUGAGCAGCCAUGUAGAAGUGUUGUAUUUGUUUGUUUUGGGAGUGGUGGAACACAUACUAGUGCUCAAACGGAUGAACUUGCUUUAGGGUUGGAAAUGAGUGAACAAAGAUUCUUGUGGGUUUUGAGAUGUCCUAAGGAUAAAGUUGAAAAUGAUUCAAAUUUUAUUGCUAGUAGUAAUGUUGACCCAUUUGAUUUUCUACCAAAUGGUUUUGUGGAGAGGACUAAAGGGAGAGGUUUGGUGGUACCAUAUUGGGCUCCACAAGCUCAAAUUUUGAGGCAUGUCUCAAUUGGAGGGUUUGUAAGUCAUUGUGGUUGGAACUCAAUUCUUGAGAGUGUGGUGAAUGGUGUGCCUUUGAUUGCAUGGCCACUCUAUGCGGAGCAAAAGAUGAAUGCUGCUUUGGUUAGUGAAGAGAUUAAAGUUGGUAUUAGAGUAAAUAUUGGUGAGGAUGGGUUGAUUGAAAGGGAGGAAAUAGCAAGUGUUGUGGUGAGGUUGAUGGAAAGUGAGGAAGGGAAGAAUCUUCGUAGUAAAGUAAUGGAUCUCAAAGAGGCAGCUGCUAAUGCUCUAAAGGAAAAUGGGGCUUCAACAAAAGGAAUAUGUGAAUUGGCUCUCAAAUGGAAAGGUGUUACAAUGCCAAAUUGAAGUUCCCUCUCACUUCACUCUCUUUGUUGUAUAUAAUUGGUUAUUUGACUAUGAUUAUGGCUUGUUUAAAUCUAGAUCAUUAUAUUUUUCUCUUCUCCUUUAUGUAAAUGUUUACUCUCAGAUAAAGACAGAACGGACAAGAACUACUUUUACAUCCUCAAGCUAGAAAGAGGAUAGGUUACGUCAAUAAUAAAAAUUCAA